ACAGGAAGUCUGUUUACUUUUCCUCCCUUUGCAGAGAAAGAAGCAAGGUUCAGUCUGAGCUCCUCCCACUGCUCACUCACACUAAUACCAAGCAGGCUGUUUUCCUCCAGGAGCAGAAAGCUGAGCCAGAGGGUGGAAGCAUGAGUCGUCGUGUGGCCGUGGUGGGAGCGGGGAGUUCGGGGCUGGUCUGCAUGAAAUGCUGCCUGGAUGAAGGGCUGGAGCCCGUCUGCUUCGAGAGCAGCGAUGACAUCGGCGGCCUCUGGAGGUUUAAGGAGAAUCCAGAGCCGGACCGGGCCAGCAUCUACCACUCUGUCAUCAUCAACACCUCCAAAGAGAUGAUGUGCUUCAGUGACUUUCCCAUCCCUGCACACUUCCCAAACUUCAUGCACAACUCCCUCAUUAUGGAAUACUUCCGGAUGUACGUCAACCAUUUCCAGCUCGCCAAACACAUCCGCUUUAACACCCGCGUCCUGAACAUAAAGAAGAGAUCCGACUUUUCGCGUUCUGGUCAGUGGGAUGUUGAAACGGAGAACAAGGAUGGCAAAAGGGAGAAACACAUUUUUGAUGCUGUAAUGAUCUGCAUUGGACAUCACUGCCAGCCUAACCUGCCCCUCCAUGAUUUCCCAGGUAACACUUCAUUAAA